AUGGUGACAAUGCGCGCUGUCCUCAUCAAAGACGGCAAAGGCCCGAUCGAGAAUCUCUACAUUGGCGAGACGGAGAAACCUGUACCGCACCAGGGACAGGUCCUUGUACAGGUUAAGGCGUUCGGCGUCAACCGUAUGGAUUUGUACCAGCGCGAAGGCGGUUACCCGGUACCUCCUGGCGCAUCCACUAUUAUGGGUGUAGAAUUCUCGGGCACAGUCGUUGAGCUUGGUCAAGGUGUGACCGAUUGGAAGCUUGGGGAAGAAGUCUUUGGCCUUGCAGGUGGCGGAGCCUAUGCUGAGUUUAUUAAUUCCGAUGUACAAUUGCUGAUGAGAAAGCCGAGUUGGAUGUCUUGGGAGGAGGCUGCGAGUAUUCCUGAGAACUAUCUGACUGCUUAUCAAGCCCUGGUCAAGUACGGAGAAGUUGAGAAAGGCGAUAACGUGUUGAUUCACGCUGGUGCUUCUGGUGUGGGCGUCGCGGCGAUUCAAAUGGCUCGAAGCUACGGAUCUAAAACAGUCACUGCAACUGCGUCAACGAAAGAGAAGCUUGACUGGCUUUUGUCAAUCUCUAACGGGGCCACACAUGUGGCUAAUUACAAGACCCAAGAUUUUGCUGCCGAAGUUAAGCGGACGACCGAUGGCAAGGGUGUAAACGUGGUUAUUGAUUUCGUCGGACAAAGCCAUUGGGCGAAGAACAUAGACUCGCUAGCAGUAGAUGGCAGGAUGACUAUACUUGCAACAUUGAGCGGUAGCGAAGUUCCGUCAAUGGACCUCCGUCCCAUUUUGUACAAACGACUGCGAAUCCAAGGCUCAACACUCCGUUCGCGGAGCCCAGAAUACCAGGCCGAGCUCAUCGCAUCCUUCCAGCAGCGAAUCCUACCCAAAAUCACCGGUGAGAAAGGUGACGGCGACAUGCGGACGUUUAUUCACCGCAUCUACCCCUGGACGGAGAUUCAGAAAGCUCACCGAGAGAUGGCCGAAAAUAACAACAGCGGAAAAAUAAUUGUCGAAAUCACACCAUAA